GGACCGACGCGGUUUGGGUCUGCUGGCUCUGCGCCUGGUCGCGUGUCUCAAGUCUUGUGUGCCCGAGUUCGAGUGCCUGUGCCGUCAAGAUGUCGGCCAAGCGCAACACCAAGCUGCGCCACGCGCCGCUCGAACAUGCCUAUGUGGAUGACAAGAGCGUGCGCCGCAACAAGCGCAGCAAGCAGCGUGGUCGCAUGCAGGAUGACGAAAGCGUGGACGCGCCUCUGAACGAGAAACAAGCCCAGGUGAUUGCUCGCCAAGCUCAGCUCCAGCAAAAUGAAGAAGACGUGUCGGACAGCGAGCAAACCGGACAGCCCGUGGAUAUUGACGUGCCGUCUGACGAUGAGGGCCAGGCCGAUGACCUGGCCCAGCCCGAAGAUGCCUACCGCCACUUUGAGAUUGACGAACAUGACGAGGUGGCGCUCCGUGCCUUUAUGCCGGCUGAGCCGGCCCAGCGCCGCACGCUGGCAGAUAUCAUUAUGGAAAAGAUCCAAGGCAAACGCACCGAGGUCGCCAGUCAAGUCUCUCAAACUGGUCCCCGCGAGCUCAAUCCCAAGGUUAUCGAGGUCUACCAAGGCGUGGGCCAAGUCCUUUCUCGCUAUCGCUCUGGCAAGCUACCCAAGGCAUUCAAAAUCAUCCCUCGCCUCAAAAACUGGGAAGAGAUUGUGUACAUCACCGAGCCGGAAAACUGGACCGCUGCAUCCAUGUAUGCAGCCACCCGCCUGUUUGCCUCCAAUCUCAAGGAGAAGAUGGCACAGCGCUUCUACAAUUUGAUCCUGCUGCCACGCGUGCGUGACGACAUUGCCGAGUACAAGCGUCUCAACUUUCAUCUGUACCAGGCCAUCAAGAAGGCCAUCUUCAAGCCUGGCGCUUUCUUCAAGGGCUUUUUGCUGCCACUUUGCGAGGCGGGUGAUUGUACGCUUCGCGAGGCUGUCAUUAUCGGCGGCAUUCUUGUGCGCAAGAGCAUUCCCGUUUUGCACUCGAGCGCGGCUAUGCUCAAGAUGGCGGAAAUGCCCUAUUCCGGCGCCACGAGCAUCUUCCUGCGCGUAUUGCUGGACAAGAAGUAUUCUUUGCCUUUCCGUGUGGUGGAUGCUGUUGUGGCACACUUUUACCGAUUCAACGCAGAUCAUCGCCAGCUUCCCGUGCUUUGGCAUCAGUGCCUCCUUGUUUUUGUUCAGCGGUACAAGGAGGAUAUUACGAGUGAGCAAAAGCGGGCUUUGCUUGAUGUCUUGCGGUCACACAACCACUAUGCGAUUACACCGGAGAUCAGGCGCGAGCUGGUCCAAUCCAAGUCUCGCGAUCGUGAAAUGCCCUUGGAAGAAAGUAGCCGAUAA